AUGGCGCCCAACUGUACUUAUUCUUUUCUCCGGGUCUCCAAAACAGAUGGAGUCGAGGCCUCCGCCCAAAAAUACCGUGACCUACGCUUAAAAGCAUUGAAGGCUUCACCUGAAUCAUUCUCCUCUACCUAUGCCAUCGAAUCGACUUUCACGGACGCCUCUUGGGUCAAUCGUCUCAUUUCUCCUGAUAGAGAGCUCUUCAUCUGUGCCGCCACGCCAGUGAGCGAGGAUUCGUCAAGUCCUAAUGGAAUCCAAUGGAUCGGCCAAGUCACCAUGCUGAGGGCCUUUAUCAAAAGCCCAACUCGAGUUGCCCGAGGAAUCUGGCCAGCCACCCCAGAAGUCCGACGAAGAGGAAGAUCGAUGGCAAAUGCUAAGUUUGUUUACCCUGCCAGAAUAUCGCGGCCUCGGACUCGGAAAUAA